AUGGGUACAAAGCUGCAACAUGUGCUGAUUUUCCUUCUCUUCAUCCUGAAGGAGCCCAACAUGCCAGAGGCUAAAUGCGAUUGUUCAACAAACAAGAACCGGCCAUGCGUAAUAAGACCAGUAUGGUUUACACCACGAACUCCCUGCUGCAACUGUGAAGAGCUGGGACUCACUAGUAUCCCCCAGGACCUUCCCGAAUCCAUUACUUUCUUAUAUUUAGGAAAUAAUCGGAUUGCCACCUUCCCCCAGAACCUCCCAACAUCCAUUGAACACCUGGAUUUGAGACAUAAUCAGCUAACUAGCAUUCUGCCAAAUACAUUCCGCAAUCUACCACAGCUUGCAAUAUUAAUUUAAAACCUGUGCAAAAAUGGGAUACGUGACAUUAAGCCUGGUACGUUCUCAAAUCAUCUUAAGCUCUACAGGGUGAACCUGUCUUCAAAUAAAAUAACUUACCUCUUGACUGGUGCAUUCUCCAACCUACCCAAGCUCGACAUGUUGACUUUAGAUGAUAACCAGAUGAAUUACAUCCAGCCUGGAGCAUUCUCUAAUCUAACCAGACUUUCUAUCGUGUACUUGUGCUUCAACAAUAUAACUUCUAUCUUGCCAGGCACAUUUUCAAAUACACCCAACCUUGUAAAACUGCAUCUGAAUUCCAACAGGAUAAUCAGCAUUCAGUCUGGUGUACUUUCAACUCUAACCCGGCUCGUAACAUUGUAUCUGAACUCCAACAAGAUAACGUCCGUCCAAUUUGGCGUAUUCUCAACUCUACGCAAGCUCCAAUCUUUGUUCCUGGAGGACAAUCAGAUAUUUUCCCUUCCCCCGUCUGCUCAUUCUGUGUUGUCAGUGAUACCAGAGGUAAACAUUGAGGCAAACCCCUGGCAGUGUGACUGCAGAAUGCGUCCCUUCAGGCUGAAAAUGACAGGCUCUGCUUCAUUUGAAAACCAGAUAACUUGUGCCAAACCCGAAAACUUCCGUGGACAAAAGCUUAAAGAUAUUAAUUCUGAAGACCUGAUCUGUGAAGAAACCACUGUAUCAACACUACUGCCUUUUGAUAUCAAAUUUGAAAGAGGUAAACAAUGCUACAAUGUCAAUGCUACAUCUCCCCAUUAUAACUGGUACUUCAAAACCAACGCUGGCUCAAAAGCACAUCGUGCAGACAUAACAACAUCAUCAUCAGGUCAGGAAUUCCCAGACAUAACAAGAGCACCACUCACUCCCCUUGUAAGCACUCCAGACAGUUCCUACGAAUCUGCUCCAAGGAUCACCCUAUCUGUUCCCAUUGGUGCUGCAGCAGGUGUUCUUCUGAUUGGCUGUAUCAUUCUCAGUAUCAUUCUCAGCAUCAUCAGAUGCCAGAGGAGGACUAGACAUCCUCCUUCAGGCCAAAAUCCAAAAGUCAUUGUAGAUGUAACCAACACUGCGAUGACCAGUGCCCAUGAUCAGGCCAUCACUGAGUCCAGCACACACACCACAGCUAGUGCUCAGGACCACCACUGCUGUAACAGCUGUAAGAGUUAG